GCUCAAGCAAUCUUCCUGAGUAAAAAGCUAGAGAAAUCCAGCCUAGCCUAAUUAACUACAACAUGAAAGGAGCUUAUUUCCUUGUAGCUUUUGUCUUCCUGGCUUUAUCUUCCUCGUUUGCCUUUGCCUUCGACCCUAGCCCUCUUCAAGACUUUUGUGUUGCAAUCAAUGACCCCAAGGAUGGUGUGCUUGUGAAUGGGAAAUUCUGCAAGGACCCAAUGCUUGCAACGGCAAAUGACUUCUCUUUUUCGGGUCUCAACAUUCCAGGAAAUACAUCAAAUCAAGUUGGAUCAAAUGUAACUCUUCUAAAUGUUGACAAAAUACCAGGACUCAACACUCUUGGUAUAUCAUUAGCCCGUAUUGACUUUGCACCAUAUGGAGGCCUAAACCCACCCCACACUCAUCCUCGUGCCACAGAAAUCCUAGUAGUUUUGAAAGGCACCCUCUAUGUGGGUUUUGUCACGUCAAACCCCAACCGCCUCAUUACCAAAAUUCUAACUGCAGGAGAUGUUUUUGUGUUUCCAAUUGGUCUCAUUCACUUUCAGUUCAACAUUGGUGAAACUAAUGCAGUUGCUAUUGCUGGAUUGAGCAGCCAAAAUCCAGGAGUUAUCACAAUUGCAAAUGCAGUGUUUGGAUCUAAUCCACCAAUUAACCCAGAUGUUCUUACCAAGGCAUUCCAAUUGGACAAGAAUGUGGUGAACUAUCUUCAGAAACAAUUCUAAAUCAACUACCAUUGGAGAAUGCAGUUGAUGAUUUUUAGAAAUUUUCCAUAUUGUUUUGAUCAUUAUAAAUGGUUGUAACAUAAUAAAGAGGUUCCUUUAUGCCUCUCCACGUUGAUUAAUACAUUAUAGAAUGCAGUUUGUUUAAGUACUUCUGUCUCUCU